AUGGAAAAUCACUUCACAACAAAGAGGAACACAUUCCUCACACCAACGGCUACAGACAACCGAACAUUUGUGUGCACUGUCUGCGAAACCGAAAGAGUGUUAGGGUCCUUGCAAGGCCUCAGAAGACAUUAUACGAAAAAACAUCCAAACGAAAUGGGGGAGUAUGAGAAACUUGUAAAAAGAAGACCUGCUAUGUUUGAUGGCCCUUCUUCUUCUGCAAGCACUGCCACUGCCACUGCCACUGCCACUGCCACUGCCACUGCCACUGCCACUACCACUGCCACUACCACUGCCACUACCAACCUGAACAGUAAUAAUGAACCUGCCGCAAUGGGAUUUAUUAUUGAAAACCCUCAGGACACAUAUGGCCAUGAAAUCUCUGACGAAGACGAAUAUAAUGACUAUGAUGAGACCACUGACGACGAAGACACGGACACCAGAGUAGAAUAUGAUAGCCAGGAUCAUAUCGCUAGAAUGGCAGCAGAAAUGAGAACCUUCCAAUCUCUUUCUCAUGCCAUGAAUGUCUACUCGAACGAAGACAGCAGCAGACAGACAUCGUACCGGCCCGAUGACUUUGCUGACAUUUUUACUGGACCCACCCGUCCGUUUAAGUCGAAAGUAGAGUUUAUUUUACAUGCUCUCUUCUACGGCGAUGAAGAUCUUGCCUCAGAAAGAUCUAUCAAGAAGAUCAUGUUUGCCAUGAAGAUGGUCUUGGACGUCCGUGAAGAAUCUGGAGUAGCACUGGAUUUUCCGACACCAAAUGCUGUGAUUAACUAUCACAAGCAGAAAAAGAACCAGAUCCCUGUUUUUCCUACUGCCAGUUUCGAUGUUGUGAACCAAGACAAUGAACGACAUGUACUUUGGAUGAACAAACCGUCCGAUUACAUCAAGUUUACCAUGACAUGUCCCGGAAAAUCAUCUCAAAUCUCGGCCCUUCCUGACUUCACGGAAAACCAGUGGUUGAAUCUCAACCAAGGCGAAAAGUGGAAGGAGAACACAUUGCUCCAGCACCCAAUGAUCACUUCAAAUGGAAUGGACUACUGGGUGGGUGAUGUUGUCAAAGUCCAAGGCUCCCUGAACCGGUAUCUCCUUGAGAAGUUCUUCACCAAGGACGGAUCCAUACUUGCCAAUGCGUUCCAGGUUUAUGGUGGCCACGAUCCUCGGCUGAACCAUCCUGAUGAUACACACUUCCUGCGGUUUGGAAACUCUACGAACUUUGCUGUCUCUACCCUGAAGUAUACCAUUGAAGUUGAUAGGAUUAUGUCUACUGUUCAAAAAGACAGUGAUCUUUUCCUCAGACGUGGUUUCUCUGUUUCUUAUUGCCCUGCCGAAAUUGUCACCUAUGCUCUUACUGGUGUUCAAUCUGACUUGUGGCUCAACAAAUCCCGUGUUGAAGAAUUCAAGAGAAGACUUCCAGGCUCUGGUUUGAUGAAAGUGGUUGUCUGCCCACUUAAUCUCUAUUCCAACGAUACCUCUGGUAAUUCAACAAAGCAGUACAACAAGUAUGACAGUUACUUAAUGUACUUUGCUGCGUUGCCACUUGAGACGAGAAACAAACGAGAAAAUGCUCUUUUCAUUUGUACCUCGAAUCAUACACUGAAUGCCGUUGAGAUGUUGCCCCCUAUCAUCGAUGACCUUGUUAGGCUGGAGAAAGGUAUUGAGAUGUAUUCUGAGGAUCAUGGUGAAGUAGUUCUUGUCGUUGCGCCCCUGUUGCUCUUUAUGGGUGACAACCCUCGUCAAUCUCAGCUUGCCAUGCAUAAGGGAACAUCUGCCAAGAAGUUUUGCCGAAAAUGCCUCAUACCUUCGCCUCAUAUUGAACAGGGUUCCAUCCCUGACGCUCCGCCGUAUUCUCCAGUUGACCACCGUGGGUCAGAAGAAAGAACGAGGGAUUUCUUGUGCGCCUUUGCCAAUGCCGAUUCCCAGUCAGAGCUAUAUCUCAAUGGGUGCGAAUUGAGUUAUAUCAAGAAUGGAAGUGAGGAAUUUCUUAGACUCGAAGCCUUUGACCCUACCAAAGACAUGCCUGUCGAAAUUCUCCACAUUAUUCCUCUUGGCCUGACGAAAUACUUGAUGACUUUUCUCUGGAAACAGAAGAUGCUGACUACAAGUGAAAAGGGGAGACUCCAGGAAGCUCUAAACUCUUACAAGUCUUGUAAGAGUUACAGCCGAACAUUCAGGAACAAGCUUUGCCACACUGGUUCGUUCGUUGGACGCGAUUUCAAGGAAUUGAUUCAAGUCCUGCCUGGAAUUAUGAGCAAGCUCUUUAGUGACAAACCAUCGGCAAGUUUGUUCAUUAAAGCCUUGCAUGCAUUAGGCCACCUGUCGUCUUUGGUGUACAUGCGUGGAGUCGACCGGUGCUUCGACUACUAUAUUGCCAAGAUAAAACACGCUGUCACUGAUGUAACGGAUCUGCUUUUUCAACUGGAUGUCCAGAUUCUCCAAAAAGGAUUUUCUAAGCAAGACUUCACGUUCAAGCCAAAGGUCCACCUUCUGCAUCAUAUCACUGACGACAUUGUUCGUUUCGGUUCUGUGCUGCAAUACAAAACUGAAAACGACGUCACUACAAGAUUCGGCAAGCAAUUCAUCUGUCGGCAUCUUUGUAAUGGAGGAUCGUAUGUCGUAGAGAAACCAGCUGGUAAUGGAACAAGAUCUGUGAGAAGUUCAAUUGGUGAUUUUGUCAAGCUAGCCCCUGUCAAUUUCCCAGGCUUUAAUCUCCAUUUCUUUGGUUCUCGUGUCAACAGUGACAAUUCCGGGUUGUCGACUCCCACUUUGUGCGAUACACUUGCAGGUGUUUUUCAAUCAAAUGGUCAAUUAUUCCUUGGUCAGGUAAAGAUCGUUCAAGCAAGAGACUCUGCAGACAGAAUGAGGAAGGCGUUCUUUAUGCAAAAGUACCAAAUUGUUCCGAACAGCAAUGUAAAUUGCAUCUAUACCCCAGCUGUGGUAACGGACAAUUACAACAACAUUGUGGUUCUGCCCCUUGGAGGCCUGGUUGAAGUCAACAAAGAUGACAUCAACAUCGUUCAGGCUGUUGAUAUUCACUUGUCCGUCGGGUCUUCCAAUAACCAAAAGUUCCUCAACGUUGCAAAAUUCAGCAUGUUCUGGUGGAUGUUGAUGAACAUUGCAAAAAUCUAUUAA